UGGUUUAUGGAUGUGACCCAACAGGAUCAGUUCCUGGGCACGUGUGUGACCGGAUUAGGCUCAUUGCUCGGAUCCACGAGUUCGUCUCAAGUCGGAGCCGCUUUAGGCGGGGGUGCUCGGCCGCAGACCCAGGCCACCAUGACGGCCAUCACUCGAGAUUUGUCCAAAACGCUACGACUUCUGCGACAAAAUCAAGGUGGAGAUGUGUGGCGAGCUAUCCAAAGCAUUGAAGAGAAUGGAGGCCAUGUUGACGCAUUCUCCGGUUUUUUCGUGGUAUUGUCGGAAGACGUCGAUUGUUUGUACGUAUCUCCUAAUGUGCAUCGCCAUACGGGUUUGCAUCAAAAGGAAGUGAUGGGAGAAUCCUUCCUGAAGUUCAUUCACGAAGAGGACUGUGCUAAAGUGAUCCGUUUCAUGUCUCGUCAGAAAAACAACCUACCCGCUACCUCUACCUCCACCUUUACCUCCACUGCAGCUCCAUCCCCCACCCAAUCAUUGGCUUCCUGCCCCUCAACCACCUCCUCAGCAUCAGUAUCGUCCAAUUCAGCGAGGCCACUCAAUGGGUCCAAAAGUUCAAGCCGAAGACAAUUCUUCCAUUUUCGUUUCAUGCUCAAGGGGGAAUAUGACCACGUUAAUAUGAUGGGACAUUACAGGCAAAUAGGUGAAGACACGUUCAUAUUUCUGGGAAUCGUCCGACCAGUCGAGGAUCGACCAAUCACUGAUUUGAGUUUGGUUGAAGCCACCCAAAAUCAAUAUGUCACCCGGCAUCUCCCGGACGGGAAAAUAAUAUUUGCCGACCAUAGAAUCACCACGCACAUUGGUUACCUUCCAUCGGAAGUGGCGGGGAAAUCUGCGUUUAAUUACAUUCUUGGCGAAGACCUUCCUUGGACUACCAUGGCCCAAAGACACAUGUUUGCCAACACGAGUGGUGAGGGUUUCACCACCUAUCGGUUGUUGUGCCGGGAUGGCAAUUAUAUUACUUUACAAACUAGAGGCUACCUCGAAUUCAAUAAGCACACUCAAAAAGUGGAGUCCUUUAUGGCCGUCAACACUAUACUCGAUGAUGAAGAGGGCAAGAAGUAUUUAGAGCAACAACGGGAACGUUUCACUCCAUACAUCGAAAUUUAUGAGAGGGAAAUAAUCAAUGAUAACCAAUCCACCAAACAACUUAAACUCUUGCUGUCCAGCAUCAAUAAAACUGUUGAUCCCCGAAAACGUCAAAUCCCGAUGGAAUCAGCCCUUGGUUCAAGUCGAUGCCACGAGGAUUCUGAAAGUGAUCGAGCUAGGGCCCCGAAAUAUCGCGUCUUGGAAGGCAAUCGAGUGGUGGAGAUCGAAAGCAGCAAUGGGAACGGAAUCGAAAUUAUAUCCCAAGUUGGAACAACCACGGAAGACGCUGGAAGCCCAAAAAAACAAAAAGACACAGGAGGAUCUCCGUGAAACGGAUUCAUGGUUUGUAAGUGAAACUUAUCGGGUAUGAAGAAAGUUUUAGUAUUCAUUCCAACGCCAAUCUACUCUACGAGUCGCAAUGCUCCUUUCAAAUAACAUGCUAAAUAUGACAAACACGUUUUAAGACUGAAAUAUAUCGCUUUAUAUUUCAAACGA